GUCAAAUUUUCGGAUGUGAGGGAUAAAACAAGUCACUCCAAAAUAUUUAUAAUAAAUACACACCUGAAUAAUAUUACCUACUUAUAAAAAUAAAACAAAACAAAAAACAAACGUUAUUUUUUUCAUUUUUUAGAUAUGUCUAGUAAAGAUACCGUACACUUUGACCGCGAUCUCGACAUUUCUAAUGCUGGUCGAGGCGUUUGGUUGGUAAAAGUUCCAAAAUAUAUUCACACAAGGUUUGAAAAGAUUAGUGAUACACAAGAAGCCGCUAAAUUGCGAAUAUCUAAGCAACAAGGCCAAAAAGCUCAAGUCACACUAUCGUUGUCCGAUGCCAUAAUGAAACUGGACUCUUCAGAGAAAAUUCCUCGAGAACAUAAAUUAGACGUAUCUGUUGUAACCCGGCAAACUCUAGGGGUUUUUUCACAUGUAAUACCAGUUGGAAACAAUGAAGUUGUUCCAGAAAGUGAAAAAAUUUACAUGGAAGGUAGAAUUGUUCAAAAAUUAGAAACAAGACCAUUGGCAGAUUCUGCUUAUAUGAAAAUGAAGAUUGAGCGUAUUAAAAAGACUUGCGAGCCCGUCAAAAAAGUAAAGGCCCUUGAGAAAGUAGUGACGAGCUUUAAGCCUGUUUCAGAUCAUAAACACAAUAUUGAUUACAACAUACGCAAAAAAGCCGAAGGAAAAAAGGUUCGAGAUGACAAAGAACAAGUUCAAAAUAUGCUAUUUAAUGCAUUUGAGAAACACCAAUACUAUAAUAUUAAAGAUUUGGUUAAGAUUACAAGACAACCUGUAGCUUAUCUAAAAGAAGUGCUGAAAGAAGUUUGCGACUAUAAUAUGAAAAACCGAGUGUGGGAAUUGAAAAAAGAGUAUCGUCAUUACAAGAUUGAUGAAAAAAAGGAGGAUGAACCCAUAGAAGGCAACGGCAGUGAUGAUAUAUCAGACUGAUUAUAAAAAAGAAAAUAAAUAUUAGGUUUGUUUUUCAAAGCUA